AUGGCAAAUCCCACAAACGAUAUGUUCAACAAACUGAAUGAAGAAAUGCAGAAACUGGAAAAUAUGGAGAGGGAGAGUUAUGAUCAUCAUCAUCAAACUCCACGUCCCAAGAUACAAAGGGUCCUACAUCAUCAGAGAAAUCGAAAGAACUUUGGAAAGUAUUACUUUCCCAGGUUUGUGUCAUUUGGUCCAAUUCAUUAUGGUAAACCACAUUUGCAGCUAGGAGAAGAGUUCAAGUUCAUGUGGGCAUCAAUGUAUCUUCAAGGGAAGGACAAAGAUGCGAAGCACCAGAAGGUUCUUGAGAACAUUAAGGAUCUGAAAGAUCUCUACACAGAAGAUGCUCUUGGAGAUUUCGAGGACGACGAGAAACUGUCGGCGAUAUUGUUCGUGGAUGGGUGUUCACUGCUUCAAAUCUUGCUCAAAUUUGAUUUCCAUAAACCUGAAGAUCUGAAGAUUCAGGUUGACCUGCUGGCUCUUCUUCGCCAGGACGUGCUCUUGCUGGAGAACCAGCUUCCUUUUCAACUUCUCAGCCUUUUAACAAAUGAUGACGACCUCGUCAUUAGAGCCAUAGACAUGUUUGUUGGUCGCUUUCAACGUUUCUCGGUGCAUAAACCAGAGAGACUGUCGUCGAUGCAAAAAGCUAUGCAGGACGAGGAGACUGCCGCAGGUAAAGAAAUUGAGGUGCGACUCGUACAUCCUGCUCCUCCUCCUCAUCUUCUUCAUCAUCUUCGCAGCGAAAUGUUGAGAGGCUUUCAUCCGGAAGAUACCAAAUCAAAACACAAACACAGAUCAAGAACAUACAGAAACGUAAAGGAGCUAAGAGAAGCAGGGAUUCGAGUGAAGCGAAGCAAACCAGUAAGCCCCAUCGACAUCUCAUUCCAGUCCACUUGGUUCGGUGGAAGACUCAAACUUCCCAAAAUAGUGGUCGACAAUAUUACAGCACCAACCUACCUCAAUCUCAUAGCCUACGAGACAUUGCCGGAUUUCGAGAACAAGCACGAGAUCAGCUCGUACGUUGAGUUCCUCGACACAAUCAUCGACCACUCCGACGACGUGAAGAUGCUGCGAGCCGCCGGAGUUCUGCUGAACAGACUUGGGAGCGAUGAGGAAGUGGCGAAUCUGUUUAACACCAUAGCCACAGACUUGAGGACUGAUGCUUCAACGUAUGCGAGUGUGGCGGAUGAGAUAGAGAUGCAUUAUAAGAAGAGGUACAAGACAUGGUUGUCUCAAGCUUUUCAUAUGUAUUUCAAAUCGCCAUGGACGAUAAUUGCUUUUCUUGCUGGUUUUUUCGCUCUUUUUCUCACUGCUGCUCAGACCUGGAUCUCCUUCUUUCCCCCUAAAUAAUAAUAUUAUUCAUCGGUGAGAGAGAUCAGUCUGAUCAGUCUCACAGUUUAAGCCAUGGCUUAGCUCCUUCUUCUUGUUUGUUCUAAACCCUCACCAUACAUUAUAGUGAUGAGCAUAUGGUGGUCAUUACUAUGGUGAGCUUCUUUUCAUUUUUGUCUUCAGUCAUUUUCUUCACAGGAAGAGAUGUAUCUAUACUUUCUUUAAGGAUGCUGCAAACUUGUAACAAGGGCAUGUAUAUGCUCAUUUAUGAACUUUGUGGCUCAAUAAUAUGUACUCUCUCCGCUCUCAAAUUGUAAGAGCUUGCUAAA